GGAGUAUACGUAAGGCGAGGGUGCUUGGUAUGCUCUUGGACAGGGCAGCUUGUUCGUGGUAAUUCAAGGUUUGGAUCGUACUAACAAUAUUGUUGUACUGUCGUGGCCUGUUGCAAAAGAAGUAAUUCACCUUUACAAGUGUCGUGAAACCUCGCUGGAUUUGAGUUAGUCGCUCGUAGAAUGGCCGCAGUAUUUGAUAUCGAGUUGCACGAUGCGGACAUAGUAAGCGGGGACGAGUCCGAUGAUGAUGUGAUCGAGAUUGGCGAGGAAGAGUACGAUGCCAAUCCAAACGUGAAUGAGAUAACUGAAUCGGAAGGUGUCGAAACGGUGGCUAUAUCGGAACAGAAUGUGAAUCGCGGACGGGAAAGAGCUGGCCCGCAGGAUUUCAAACUUUGCAAAGUUAUCGGAAAGGGUGGUUAUGGCAAGGUCUUUCAAGUGCGUAAAAUAACGGGUAAUGACAGCGGAACGAUCUUCGCGAUGAAGGUCUUACGUAAAGCUUCAAUUAUAAGGAACCAAAAAGAUACUGCACAUACUAAAGCUGAGAGAAACAUUUUAGAAGCUGUAAAGCAUCCUUUCAUCGUAGACCUUAUGUACGCUUUCCAAACUGGUGGCAAAUUGUAUCUAAUUUUGGAAUAUAUGUGUGGUGGUGAAUUAUUUAGACACUUGAAUGAUGAAGGCAUUUUUCUUGAAGAAACUGCUUGCUUCUAUCUAUCAGAAAUAAUAUUGGCCCUUCAACACCUUCAUUUGCAAGGAAUUAUUUAUAGAGAUUUAAAACCAGAAAAUAUCUUGUUAGAUGCAGAGGGACAUAUAAAACUGACUGAUUUUGGUUUAUGUAAAGAACAUAUACAAGAUGGUACUGUUACACACACAUUCUGUGGCACUAUAGAGUAUAUGGCUCCAGAAAUUCUAACAAGAAGUGGACAUGGUAAAGCAGUAGACUGGUGGAGUCUUGGAACUUUAAUGUACGAUAUGCUUACAGGUUCACCUCCAUUUACAUCUGAUAAUAGGAAGAAAACGAUUGAAAAAAUUUUACGUGGUAAACUAAAUCUUCCACAGUAUCUAACUUCUGAUUCUAGAGAUCUCAUUCGAAAGUUGUUGAAGAGACAAGUACCACAAAGAUUAGGAUCUGGUCCAUCUGAUGCAGAACAAAUAAAAAAUCACCCUUUUUUUAUGCAUAUCAAUUGGAAUGAUGUAAUUUCUCGAAAAUUAGUACCGCCUUUUCGACCAACAUUGGCAAGUGAGGAUGAUGUGUCACAGUUUGAUAAAAAAUUUACAACUUCUGCACCAAUUGAUUCUCCCGCGGAAUAUACAUUAAGUGAAUCUGCAAAUAGAGUAUUUCAAGGUUUCACUUAUGUGGCACCUAGUAUACUAGAGGAUAUGUAUUCACAACCACGAGUAAUAAAUGCUAAAAGUCCACGUAGAGGCAAUAUGCGUGGUUUUUCCCCUCGAGGAACACAUUUUCAUAUACACAAUAAUCAUGUACAAAGUCAUAGACAUAAUGGAGUUGGACAUAGCAACAUGGAAGAUACAGAAAUGAUUGAAAUAGGCUAACUGCCACUUUUUUUAUAGUGAAAAAUGCUUAGCAUUUCGGCCUAACUGUUGAGUAUCCAUGACCGAUCCUUGUGUCUCAGGGAGGGAUUUUAUAAAAUAUAGAUGGAGUAGCAAAAGGAUAGGUCUAAUAUCCAGUGUUUCAUUGGAUAUUCAGCAGUUAAAUUUAGCUAAUUUUUUUUUUUUUAAUCAAAUCUAAUUAUAAUAAAGGUACUAAUUAAGAUUGUGCUUUAAUAGCAGCGAUGUAGCAGUUAUUUGGUAGCAUGUAAUAAAAUAUAUAUAUAAACUUUUCUUAAUUAUUUUAAGUUUCGAAACCUAAAAUGAUUAAAAAAAGUUUUAUUUACUUAUUUUGUCGUUGCUAACUGUAUACUGAAUAUUAUAACAAAAUGCAUUUUUCGCAUACAUUAUAGUCAAAAUACUGCAUACGUUUCAUUAAUCCGUUAAUACGUAAUCACUUAUUGUGUUUUUUGUACAUACAAUCAGCAGGUUGGUUGGAUAUUCAUAUAUAGAUAUAUAUAUAGAAUACAUGUAUAGAAAGAAAGAGAAAGAGAUACAUACAAACGUCAUUUAUGUGAGUGCGACAGACUGAAAAAAUUCCAGCACUUUUAGAAGUUCAUAAAUUAUACUGUUAAUACACAAGUUUGAGGUUCAACCAUCCUGUAAUACUUGUAAAUUUAAAAGUUCGUACAUGGCACGUGUACGCAUACUUAAAUGUAAUUAAUUCAAGAAAAAAAAUAUAUAUAGAAGAAAGAACAGAUAAAAGACAGAUAGACUUAAAUAACGAAGACUCAUGAUUCACAGCUGCCACAACCGCUCCGCCGCUCAAAAUUCCAUAUCCGAUUGUUCAUUUACAUAAAUAUUUUCAGCAGUAAUAACGUUUCCAUGGCAAUAAUGUAAACAAUAACGUAUUUGCACAGUAGUGAUAGAAAAGAAUGUUUACAUAACACUGCAACGGAAUUGUAUUUUUACAAUUAAAAGUUCCUAAAGAAAUGUGAGUUGAAAACAGUGCAAUUUGUAUUCAAACUUUAAACAUAUAAAUAUUAUUUGUAGAAGUUCUUGUUAAUUUAGAUAUUUGAAUGCCUUAGAGGAAACAAAGGGGAAAGAAAAUUUUUGUUGUAAUUUUAUGUAUUAAUGAAAACAAAUAACAUAAAAGCAAGUUACCAUGGUAACAAUGUUACUGCGAAAUGUUAACUUUCCGCUACUACCAAAAACAUAUUUUUCGUAUUUAAUGCUCAUGUAUGCUGUUUAGUCUGACAUUGUAUGGCAAUUUAUUUAAGUAUCUAUUUGUUACAUGAAUAUUUAUAUAUUAUCGAAAGUUAAUAUAUUGGUUUUUAUGUAUACACGAUACAUGAUAGUAAGGAUUUAAAAAAAAAAUAGUGUAAAGAAUAAGUGUUUAGGGUGACUUGUUGGCCGUUCACCGAGAAAUUCAAACUACCCAAGUGUUCACAGGCCAUACUAGCUGGCAUUACAAUUUUAUCUAUAUUUACUACAGGAAAUAUACACACAUGGUCGAAAUGUCAGAAAAUUCCCAUUGUGAAUUCGAUAUUACAUUUCGACUAUGCAUACACAAAAACAAACGCAUAUAAAUAUAUUAUAUAUAUAAAUAUAUAUAGAUAUACACGGUAUAUAUAUAUAUAUGAUUAUAUUAUUCGCAAUUGUAUUACAAAGAAAGCGUAUUCGAAGAGAAUAAUUUAUAAGCCACUUUUUCUGUAUUCAAUGUAUUUUCGAUGUUGAAACGAGAAUCUGUCUACAGAGUUGCUCGAACGCUGAUCAUCAUCUUUAAUACUUAUAGAUUUUUCUGUACCAUAAAAUAUCAGAAUAUAUGUAAACGAUGUUGAUGUUUUGUUACAUCGUUCUGUCGUGAGGGAUUUAAUUGAUACAUAUAAAAAACCACAAUGACGUCAGUAAUUGUCGACGUAUUGUCAUAUCUAUAUAACGUACUAUAAUUUUUUAUGCGUUUUUUGAUAACAAAGAACAUUAUAAGAUCAAGAUCAUUUUGGAAUAUAUUAAGGAAUUUUACAAAAAAAAGAAAAUUAAACAAAAUGAUAAUACAUUUCAUUAUUCAUAUAAAAUAAGAAACUUUGUAGGUAGAUUCUAUAAAAUGUGCUUUGCAACAGCCGAUUUUGGUGCUCGAUACUCAUUAAUUUGAUUGAAAAUCUAAGCGGCCUGAAUACCGUAAUUAAUUUUUAUAUCUUAAAUGGUACGGUUUACUGCAGCACAGUAGUGCUCUAUUUAAAUCUUGUACAUUACGUUUUUUCGUAGCCACUGUAAACGAUUACGAAAACGAAUUUAGCAAAAAUUUAAGAUUUAUUUUCAUAAUAUUGUUUUCAAUGUAACAAUAAUAGUAAUAACGUGUAAUAAGCGUGUUAUGGUUACCUACGAGGCACAAGAUAAUAUUAGUUAAGCGCUUAAAAAGGAAUAAGAAUAAAGAAAAAAAGGGGGAUAUCAAAUGAUGUGUAAACGAAACACUAGCCAUUGGCCAGAUAAAGUGAUAAAUGGUUUAAUGCUUCCAAUUAAAAGAAAUAUAGAUUCUUCAAUUGACUUAUUGCUACCAUGGUUUGUAAUCCUCUAGAUUAUAUUUACAAAUAAAUAUAAUGAUUUGUGA